GAAGAAAAAGAAGAAAAACAUUUACCACUUCAAAGUGCACUGCUAGGGCUUUUGGCGGGUUUUAUUCAUCUCUCUAAAAAGUUUCUCAAUUCUCUUUCUCUCUCCUCUUCUCUUUUUCCGCUUUCAACGAUUUCACAGCUGCAUACUCUCAGACAGUGAGAAAAAGAGAUGAGUACUGCUGGAAGUGAAAAAGGGUCUGCUAACACCAAAACCCCUGCAGAUUUUCUCAAAUCCAUUCGCGGUCGCCCGGUUGUUGUUAAACUUAAUUCAGGGGUCGAUUAUCGUGGUAUUUUAGCUUGCUUGGAUGGAUACAUGAACAUUGCAAUGGAGCAAACAGAAGAGUAUGUUAACGGCCAGCUGAAAAAUAAAUAUGGUGAUGCAUUUAUUCGUGGAAACAAUGUGCUUUAUAUCAGUACAACAAAGAGGACACUUGCUGAUGGAGCAUAGCUUUGAGCUCGAUAUUUGUUGAGCAAUCUGAACUCGUUCCGUUAAAAGUCAUAGACUCCAAAAACGUUCUAGAUUAUUGUAUGUAACAAGCGUGUCAAUGUGAAGAGUGAAUUGUUAGCAUGACAGUUAUGAUCAUCAGUCAAUUCAAUUUUGUUUUUGCUUA